AUGCUGGUCUUCAUACUAGUCAUCCUAGAGCCAGAUUGGUCCCAGGAAACAGAUCUGCUCUGCAAGGGCAUCACGCUGCGGUACCGACUCUCCGAUCUCUCCAACGCCAGCGCCACGGGCUCGCCGGGCCAGCUGGCCGUGGUGCGGCGCGCGGACAACACGCCGCGGGCCAACAUGACCUCGUACUACCUCGCCGUGCCGUCAGCCGCCACGUCAUCAUCAUCGUCCACUUCACGUGUGGUGGUGAUGGUGGUGGAGGUGUUCGACGUGGCGCUCGUGGAUGACGCGGCUUUCGUGCCCAUUGUGCACGCCGUCGACGUGGCGAGCGACAGCGACGGCGACCACUACGAGCUAGUGCUGGCCCUCCCGGCCUUCAACCGAUCGCUGUUCUACGACCCGAGCAUCGGGCUGGGCGUGCUGCUGGGCUCUUCGGGCGGACGCGAUGGCGGCGGCGGCAGCGGCGGUGACGACGUGGGCCUCAUCGUGGGCGUGGUGGUGGCCGUCGGCGUGGCGGCGGUGGUCGUGGUGGCCGUGAUCGUGGCUGGUGUUGCCCUCGCCGUGUGGCGCAAGCGGCGCCACUUGCACUCGGGCGUGGUCCACUUUGACAACCAGGCCGAUGAAAGUAGGUUGUGA